UCAUAAAGCAAUUAGAGGGGUUUGGCUCAAAACGGCAUUUAGCCCUGAAACGAACGUAUCGAGGGUGUGCGCCCAAACGUGCCGCAAGCAAGCCUUUUCUCUUAGAAAGUUCCAUCCGCGAUUCGCAAACCAGGAAGAAACGGAGCGACCACAACGAAACUUCGAUUGCAAAUAGACAUGGAGGAGGAGCUGACUGCACAAGAAACGGCGCUGUAUGAUCGGCAAAUCCGUGUAUGGGGUGUCGAUGCACAAAGAAGGCUGAGCAAAUCCCAUAUCUUGGUCAGUGGAAUGAAAGGCACUGUUGUUGAGUUUUGCAAGAAUAUUGUUUUAGCAGGAGUUGGAAGCUUGACCUUGAUGGAUGAUCGUAUGGUCACAGAAGAUGCCCUAUUGGCAAACUUCUUAGUUCCUCCUGAUGAGAAUAUUUAUAAUGGGAGAUCUCUUGCUGAGGUCUGUUGUGAAUCUUUGAGGGAUUUCAAUCCAAUGGUCCGUGUGUCAGUAGAAAAAGGUCAUUUGUCAAGCUUUGAUGGAGAGUUCUUUGACAAGUUCGAUGCUGUAGUUGUUGCGUGUUGCUCUCUUGCAACUAAAAAAUCAAUCAAUGAAAAAUGUCGGAAGAGACCAAAGCGGAUCGCGUUUUAUACUGUUGAUUGUCGGGAUUCAUGUGGUGAGAUAUUUGUGGAUUUGCAGAACUACACCUACGCCAAGAAAAAGCUUGAUGAUACUGUUGAGUGCCAUUUGGAGUGUCCAAGCCUUGAGGAAGCAUUAGCACUAAGUUGGAGUGGCCUUCCUAAGAAAACGGCAAAGCUGUACUUUGCGAUGAGAGUGAUAGAAAAGUUUGAACUUGUUGAGGGACGCAAUCCUGGUGAAACAUCUAUUACAGAUCUUCCUAGAGUUUUGCAGCUGAGGAAGGAGUUAUGUGCAGCACAGUUGUUGAAUGAAUCUCAAAUCCCAGAUAAUCUCCUAGAGAGGUUGUUAGCGGGCACACAAGAACACCCAGCCGUUUGUGCUAUCAUUGGAGGGAUUCUUGGCCAGGAAGUAAUCAAAGCUAUUUCGGGCAAAGGAGAUCCUCUGAAGAACUUUUUCUUCUUCGAUGCUGCUGAUGGAAAAGGCAUUAUAGAAGACAUAUCCAAACCUAGCUGAAGUUUAUAGUUUUAGCAGUAGAAAAACCCGAUGAUAUGUCUGAGAUGAUGACAUUUUUAUGUUUUACCGCAAAUGAGGUACGUCUCCGACCUAUAUCGAUUGCAAUGGAUUGGUCUUUUUGUUGCACUAUGUUAUUGUUUAUUUCUGGAUUGUGAUAGAUGGUUAGAAAUAGGUUGUGGGUUGGAUGACUUGGACGGUCCAUCCGGUGGGCCUUUGCUUCGGUUUGGAGUGAUCCUAGCGCUCCAUUUUGUUGUCCUGUGUGGGAGUUAAAAAAGCAGAAAGUGUUGUGGA